AUGGUCCACCUCCGUCAAGGCAGCGCCGUCGCGCUGCUGCUGGCUGGCUGGCACAUCGCUACCUCCAGUGCAGCGGGCAUCCCCCUCAACCGCCGCGAGGACGUCUCCAUCGGCGAUUUCUCCUACAUCAAGAAAUUCGCCGCUAUCGGUGACUCCUACAGCUCGGGCGUUGGUGCAGGCUCCGUACUCAAGGGCGAGGAUAACGAAAAAUGCUCACGAUACGAUGAGUCGUAUCCUAGUUUUUUGAACGAAGAUGCUCGCAUGGGCGGUGCUGACGCCCACGAGUUCACCUACCUCGGGUGCCUGGGCGACAAGACGCCCGAAAUCAAGGAGCAGGCCAAGAAGCUGGGGGGCGAUAUGGAUCUGAUCACCAUCUCUGGCGGUGGUAACGACCUGGGGUUCUCCAACAUUGUCCAAGGGUGUAUCUACCAGUGGGCAGUCUACAGUAACUGCGACAAGGCAAUCCAGAACGCCGAAGAUGUUCUAGGCGGCACCUCUCUAGAAUCAAGCGUCAGCGCCAUCCUCAAAGAGGCCAAGAGCCACCUCUCGUCAAGGGGCUCGAUUUACUGGACGGGUUACGCAACCUUCUUCAACGCCGACACAUCAGCCUGCGACAAAAUCAAGUGGAACCUCCUUCCGGAGUUCAACCCGCAGUUCCUCACGCAAGACUUCCGCCACAAAGUCAACCAGCUCGUCCUGGACCUCAACAGCAAGCUCAAGAAACUCGUGACCGACGCAGGCGCCACCUUCGUCGACUACGAGCAGCACUCGCAAGACUGGUUCGGCCGGUUCUGCGAUGAAGGCGUCGAUGAGUCCCAGGUGUACGACCAAAAGAAUUUCGACCGCACUCGCUGGAACGACAUGUUUUAUCAGAUGAAGUGGACCGAGGGCGAUCUGAAGAAGCGCGGCAUCGAGAUGAAGCGGAAACGCUCCCCCAAGUCCGACGACACCAUGGACGACUACCAGCCCAUGAAGGGUGACUUUGAACUCGUCGAGCGCAUGGGCAUCCCAGAUAGCAUUUCCAAGGUCUUCCAUCCUACGUCUAUGACGCACGAGUUUAUCUCCAAUGUCAUCUUUGCCCUCAUGACGGAGAAGCAGGCCAAGGAUCAUGGCAUUGAUGCGAGUCUUGAGACUCCGUCUAUUGAUGAUACUGAGAGUUGCUCUGCUUAG